AUGGCGCUCCUCCAAUACAACCUUUUCGGUCGAGGGAGGGCCCUACAAGUCGCCAUUACCAUCUCCUGUCAACUGGCUUUCAUUCUCUUCGGCUACGAUCAGGGCGUCUUCUCUGGCAUCGUGGGCAACGCAGACUGGUUGGAUACUUUUGGACACCCCGGCUCAGCACUGGAAGGCAUCAUCGUUUCCAUCUACAACCUUGGAGCCUUCUCAGGAUGUAUUCUGGCCUUCAUCUGGGGCGAGAGGUUCGGAAGAAGGCUGUGUAUGUGGGUUGCCAUGGGAUGGAUUGUGAGUGGAACAACGGCUUCUACGCCCGGAAGUCUCUCUCUUGCUGAUGAUGUACCAGAUCGUUGGAGCCAUUCUCCAAGCGACGUCGUACUCUGUCCCUCAGAUCUUGAUCGCGCGAUAUGUGACUGGAAUCGGCACCGGUAUCGAAACCUCGACAGUCCCAAUGUACCAAAGCGAGCUAUGCGAUGCGGAUAAACGAGGCCGUCUAGUCUCUUCUGAGCCGUUAUUCGUCGGUGUUGGAAUCGUGAUUGCAUACUUCUUCGACUACGGCAUGUCUUUUGUCGGCGGCCCAGUAGCCUGGAGAGUGCCGAUCGCAUGCCAAACCUUCUUCGCUUUCGUUGUAAUAAUUCUCGUAUUCGGGCUACCAGAAUCGCCCCGCUGGCUGUAUACUCGAGGCAGAAAUGAGGAAGCGCUGCAGGUCAUGCACGAUGUUUGGGAUGGACAGGAAGAGAAGGUUACGAAGAUGCAAGAUGACAUCCUGACGGCUUUGGCGAUGGAGAGAAAGCAUGGCGAGUACAAGUGGAGAGAGAUCUUCAAGCGGGAUGAAGUUCAGACGGGACGGAGAGUUCUGCUGGCAUACGGCAUGCAGUUCAUGAACCAGAUGGGCGGUAUCAACCUCGUCGUGUAAGUUGACCCCUGACGAAGCGGAGGCCAGCACUGACACAAGCUAGCUACUUCGUCCCCUCCGCUCUCCACAACAACGUCGGGUUGAGCUCCAAUCUCUCCCUUCUCAUCGGUGGCGCAGUCCAGUGCAUGUUCUUCGUCGGCAGUCUUGUGCCCACCUUCUUCCUCGACCGUCUCGGCCGUCGACGACCCAUGAUGUGGGGCUCCCUAGGCCUCGCAAUCUCCAUGAUGAUGAUUUCUAUCUUACUCAGCUUUCAACAACCACAACGUUACACCGAAGCCGUCCGAACGAAAACGUCAGAGGCUAGCGUUGCUUUCUUCUUUACUUAUAUGUUGAUAUUCGGAGCGACGGCGAAUUGCAUUCCAUGGGUCUACGUUCCGGAGAUUAUUCCCUUGAGGGCCAGAGCUAAGGGUACUGCGAUUGGCAUUUCGUCAAAUUGGCUUUGGGUGAGGAGGAAGACAAUCCUUGAGGUAUGGAAGAAGGGCAUACUGACAGAUUUAUGCAGAACUUUGUCGUCGUGAUGAUUACCCCAACACUCAUCGGAAACGUAAGUCCUAUGCACCAGAAACAGAUUCUUGUAUUACCCACUGACCGCUCUUCCAGCUCCAAUGGAAAGGCUACCUAAUCUUCAUGGCUCUAAAUUUCGCUUUCAUUCCGCUGGUAUAUUUGUAAGUUUUCUCUCCACCGACUUCCAUUUCAUCUCGAUCUAACGCUAUCAUCACGUAGCUGCUAUCCGGAAACCUCCAAUCUCACACUCGAAGAGGUAGAUUUCCUCUUCACCAAAGGUGGAAACACAGGUUUGAAGAGCUGGACAAGGAAAUCACAGCCUGUUCAAGAGAGUUUGAGACCUGUCGAGGAGACUAAGAGGGAGAAGGAUCUUGAGAAGGGGAGGGCGUUAGGUGGAGAUGGGGAGAAAUUCGAAAGGGUUGAGGUGGCGGAUGAUAAGACUUCUUAG